UGUGCAUCAUAUAAAAUACAAAAUGUAAGAUAUACUAUAGAAAUAAAUAAAUAAGCAAGGAGUCUGUUAGCAGAAACAUAUAAAAAAUAAAAAAUAGAAGUGCAGCUGUAUGGAUAUCGCACAUUUCUGAGAAGACAUGCAUCUAUCAACACCCUUAGUCACACAUCUGACGGGGCUUUAACACCACGAUUAACACUUUGUCUCCUCCUGCCUCGUCUGUAUCUCAGACCGCGGAAAAGCCUCAGGGAGCCUGAUGAAGAUGGAUGGCCCAGCAGCAGGAAGUCCGAACGCGUGGGUGCUUGAACUGCUCGUCUUCCUCCUCAGCCUUUUCAUGGACGACCAAGUCUCAAGCCAGGUGAUCUGCCCCAGACCACUCCAUCACGAAUGGCAGCCUCAGCUGAGGAACAUCACCCUGAGAUGGACUCUCGCGGAGAACACCUGCAGCAGCGUGGAUCAGUGCUGGAACGGCCUUCUGAAACGAAAGCAGCACUGGACGAAUCAGUCGUACGCGUUCCCUCAGCUGUGCCCCCUGGAGGUUCAGCUGGGAGAUGCGCUGUUCGCCUUCCCUGACAGAACACUGGAGCAGUACGGCGUGAAUCUAAUCAACUUGUCCAAAGAAGAGUUUGAAAGCUGCUCAACGGAGCAAGUGCAGAGUAAGCACUUCAUCUUCGCCGCCUUUAUGAAAGGUGGCAUGCAGGUGGGCCCGAAGUGGCUGUCCCCUGGCAUUCAUUACUUUGCUGCCACUCACAAAGGCAGCAGCCAGCUAUGCCAGCUUGGCCUGCGUCUUGGUGUGGUGGUCAAGGAGCAGUGCUGUCAGGAUUCUCCGCUUCUCCGCCUCUGCUCAGGCCACGGCGUUUGCAGAGCUAACGUUGGACAGCUUGCGUACGGUUGCCGGUGUAACAGGCAUUAUUCCGGGCCCUUUUGCGAGGAUUUCGAUGCCUGCUCUGAGAAGCCGUGCUUAAACGGUGCGACCUGCGUGAGCAACAGCACUGCAGAGCCCAGUCGGCCUUCCUAUGAGUGCUUGUGUCCGCCCCGGUUCACUGGGGUCAACUGCUCUGAAAUCCUCGGCCAGAGAAACUGUACCCAGGACUGCAGGAACGGGACGUGUGUUCAAGUGUCGCCAGUUUCCUACCAGUGCCGAUGUUUGGCUGGAUACACAGGUACGUUCUGCGCGGAAGAGAAGAGCCCCUGCGGUUCCAACCCGUGCAGAAACGGAGGCGAGUGUGAGGAAGACGGGGAGACGUACGUCUGCACGUGCCCAGACGGCUUCACCGGAACCAGCUGUGACGCAGAACUCGACCCGUACUGCGCUGCACACGCCUGUCAGCAAGAGCAAGCGUGCCGCCCGGACGAACACAACUCCACAUGUGUGUGUGCCGGUCCGGACUGCGGGGAGCAGGGGGGGCCGUGCAGCCCGUCUCCCUGUCUGAACCGUGGCAGCUGCGUGGCAAGAGGAGACCAGUACUACUGCAGAUGCCUCAGAGGCUUUUCCGGGAAGAACUGCGAAGAUAUAAUUGACUACUGCAGGCUGCUCUCUGUUAACUGCUCGAAUGAAGGAUCGUGUCUCAACCUAAUUGGCGGAUAUAAUUGUCUCUGUGCCCCGGGCUGGACGGGAGAGCUUUGUCAGUAUGUGGUGGACGCCUGCUUAAUCUACCCUAACAGGUGUUUGAACGGAGCUACCUGUGUCAGCACGAGUCAGCCGACUGCAUCCCCACAUUACACAUGCACAUGUUCCCCAGGUUACACAGGACGUCACUGUGAAGCUGAAAUAAACGAGUGUAAAUCCAGGCCCUGCCAGCACGGUGGAUCAUGCACCGACUUUAUCGGGUACUACAAGUGCUCCUGUCCCACAGGAUUCGUUGGGCCGGACUGCGAGGUGGACGUGAACGCGUGCACGCUGCUGAACGUUACCUGCCCUGCGGGGAUGGUGUGCGUGGACGCAUCUGAAGACCUGCGCUAUACGUGCCGCAGGCCGUGCCCCCACACCGUACAGCCUUGCGCCAACAGGGGGCGAUGUUUCCUCAGCAGCGGCGCCAGUUACAGCUGCGUGUGCGCACCUGGCUGGACGGGCCCAAACUGCUUGGUCAAUAUCAACGAGUGUGCGCUGCACCGGUGUCAGAAUGGAGCCACUUGCGUAGAUGAGGUUGGUGGGUACAGUUGUCGGUGUGACCGUGGAUACACCGGCGUCCACUGCGAGCUCAGCAUUGACCACUGCCUGGGCCAUGAGUGCUCAGAGCACGGGGUCUGCCUGGGCCAUCGGCACAACUACACCUGCCGGUGCAUGGUGGGAUACGAGGGGGUGCUGUGUGAAACCCAAACCGACGAAUGCAGGAGUUCACCAUGUGCCAACGGCGCCACCUGCGUGGACUCUGUCGCCAAUUACUGGUGUCUCUGCGCCUCUGGCUUUGAAGGUCGGACCUGCUCGGAGAAUACGAACGACUGCUGGUCGAUGCCUUGCCUUAAUGGAGGUUCAUGCGUGGAUCUGAUCGAUGACUACAUUUGUAUCUGUCCACUUGGUUGGAAGGGCGACCGCUGUGAAAGGAAGCGUAAUGACUGUGUCUCGGGAUUCUGCGUUAAUAAUUCCACCUGCAUUGACCUGGCAGGGGAUUAUGCAUGCGUCUGCCCUGAGGGAUUCGCCGAUAAGAACUGCUCCACUGCCGUCAAUGAAUGCACAUCUCUGGAUAAGACGUGCCAAAACAACGGCACGUGCUACAUCAUGGAUGGAGACUUCCGUUGCAGAUGUCCGCCAGGAUUCGAGGGGGACGACUGCUCCACAGUGACCAGAAGGUGCAUGUCCGAUCUAUGUGACAUCCGAGGAACGUACAUGUGCGAAGAGCUGGGGGGCACUUACAAGUGCCUGUGCCGUCAUGGGUUCACAGGGCAACUGUGCGAAACUCCCAUCAGCCACUGCGUCGAGGGUUUGUGCCAUUACGGGUCCAAGUGUGUGGACCUUCCCCGAGGGUUCGUGUGCGAGUGCUUGCCUGGGUUAACCGGACGAUUUUGCGAGAUCAACAUUGACGACUGUUCCAGUAAACCAUGCGGCGCCCUCAGCAUCUGCAAAGACGGUAUCAACGCCUAUGACUGCUUCUGCGCACCUGGUUUCGUCGGUAAUAACUGUGAGAUUGAAGUGAACGAGUGUCUAAGCCAGCCCUGUCAGAAUGGAGCGUCCUGCUCGGAUGAGCUUAACUCCUUCAGCUGCGUCUGCCCGAAUGGAACCGCAGGCAGCUUAUGUGAAAUCAAUGUCAACGAAUGCCAGUCGUCGCCAUGCCUGAACAACGCCACGUGUCUGGACCUUGCCAACGGAUUUGAAUGCAUCUGCCCUCCAGGCUUCACUGGACCCGAAUGCGAGCUGGACAUUGACGAGUGCGCCUCUUCUCCCUGCAAGAAUGGGGCCACUUGCAUUGACCAGCCUGGUAAUUACUACUGCCAAUGUGUGGCUCCAUUUAAAGGUGUGAACUGCGAGUUCCUGCCGUGUGAAGCGAACAACCCGUGCGAGAACGGGGCCGAGUGCGUGGAGGAGGCCGACCAGGCGCGCUUCCCGCUGGGCUUCCGCUGCCGCUGCGCCCGAGGCUUUACCGGCCCCCGUUGUGAGCUCAACAUCGACGAGUGCGCCUCCAGCCCCUGCCUGCACGGCUUCUGCUACGACGUGGUGGACGGCUUCUACUGCCUCUGUAACCCGGGAUACGCCGGCGUCCGGUGCGAGCAGGACAUCGACGACUGUGUGGACAACACGUGUCAGAACAACUCCACCUGCGUUGACCUCCACCUGAGUUACCAGUGCGUGUGCAGACCAGGCUGGGAGGGGGACUUCUGCGAGCAGGAAACGGACGAGUGCGCAUCGAACCCCUGCAAAAACAAUGGCACCUGCACCGAUCUGCCCAACGCCUACAGGUGCGAGUGCCCCCGGGGCUGGGCCGGCCCUGACUGCAGCGAGGACGUGAAGGAGUGUGCCUCCUUGCCCUGCUUCAACGGUGCUCGGUGUGUGGAGUCGGACGUCCCGGGGGAGUUCUCCUGCACCUGCCCUCCUUUCUUCACCGGCCCGCUCUGCAGGCUCCCCUACGACCCCUGCGACCUCUACAACAACCCCUGCCUGCACAACUCCACCUGCCGCCCCCGGCCAGACGGCACCGCGGAGUGCCUGUGCCCCUCAGGGUUCGAGGGAUCUCGCUGUGAAAUUGACACCAACGAGUGUGGCUCCAGUCCGUGCCAGAACCAGGGCCAUUGUGUGGAUGGGGUCAACAGUUACUACUGCUAUUGCAAACCUGGCUUUUCUGGGCAGCACUGUGAGGAAGACAUCAACGAGUGUGUCUCCAACCCUUGCCAGAACCAAGGCCUCUGCCAGGACCUCGUGAACAGCUUCCGAUGCUCCUGCCCGCCUGGAUACUUCGGGGCUGUGUGUGAUCUGGACGUGAACGAGUGUGAGGUGUCACCCUGCCUCCACGACGGUGUGUGUAUCAACAAGCCUGGGGGCUUCGCGUGUGUGUGCCAGCCUGGCUUCUCUGGUACGUGGUGUGAGCUGAACGUGGACGAGUGCCUUUCCGGCCCGUGCCAUAACGGCGGGAGGUGUGUGGACGGCCCGAACGGCUACCAGUGCCUCUGCUCCAACGGCUUCAUGGGCUCCGACUGCGCCAGCAACAUUGACGAAUGUGCCUCGAGCCCCUGCGUCCACGGGAGCUGCUUGGAUGGGAUCGACGUGUACGACUGUCAAUGCGAGAUUGGAUGGAGCGGCCUCAGAUGCCAGACUAAUAUUGAUGACUGCCAAUCCCGGCCUUGCCUGAACGGGGGCUCCUGCGUGGACCUCAUCGACAAAUACGCCUGCAUAUGCAUCGAGGGCUACGGCGGCAAGCAGUGCGAGGUGGACUUAGACGUGUGUCUGCAGAGGCCUGCGAAUUUCUCCCUCUGCUUUAACGGCGGGACCUGCCUGGACGGCCCAGGAUCCAAUUUCACAUGCAGGUGUCCGGCCGGUUUCACGGGGGAUUUCUGUGAGGUGGAUGUGAACGAAUGCUGCUCGGAGCCUUGCUUUCACGGCGCCAUCUGCCAAGACCUUAUCAAUGGUUACCAGUGCCACUGUCGACCAGGUUGGACAGGCCUUCACUGCGAGGAUGACAUUAAUGAGUGCCUGCCGCAGCCGUGCGACCAGGGGAUGUGCAUCCAGAACGAACCGGGCCACGGCUACACCUGUUUCUGUCGGCCCGGAUUUGUGGGCAGGAACUGUGAGUAUAAUUAUGAUGACUGCUUGCUCCGGCCGUGCCCUGACGGCUUCUCCUGCGUGGAUGGCAUCAACAGUGUCAGCUGUGUUGCCGUGGAGACAGAUGCAUUCUCCGUGCCUCCAUGGGGCUUCACUCCCACCAGCCCCAGCACUCCGUUCACCCCCGCCCCAGCGGAUGACCUGCUAGAUGCUGAACUGCCAGCAGACGUCGUCUAUGGGAGAUAUUCCGGUGAUUCUUUCCUGGAGUUUGAGGGCAUCGACCUGGGAGCUAUGAACAAUAUUACAGUGCGGUUUCAGACGUGGUCUUGGAAUGGAACCCUCCUGUAUGUGGACCAAGGACGCGUACGCAGAGGCUUCUUUUUCAUCAAACUCCACCUUCUCAAUGGAGCGCUACAGUAUGACUUCUCCUGUAACCAAGAAGAAGGGAUUCGGAAAAUUAACACCAACAUACAAGUCAACGAUGGCAAUGAGUACUUGGUGCAUGUGAGACAGCAUCUGGCUCCGUGCGAGGCUGAGGUCACCGUGUCCGGCUUUCAACGAGUCCGAAGCGUCCCGAGCAAUUACUGGUCAGGACUGACCGUUCAGAUGACGGGCCACGUUUUCAUAGGAGGUCUACCGCUCAGUCACCCUCCAUACAAGGGAGCCGAGCCUCUCUACAACUACACCGGCUGUAUGGAAAUAAUUGAAAUUAAUAGGCUCAGAGGAUUUCGCACGUCCACCGCUAUCACUGCAAACAACGUUGACAACUGCAGGUCUAUGUGGUAUCAGGACACCCCAGUGGGCACUGUGGCUCCCCCUCCUGUGUCCAGCCCAUUUGAGACCACCCCCAAUGGAGCAGACAUCAUUACCCCUCUCCCUAGUGCCCCACCGCCGGCCUGCUCCGAUGGGCCUUGUCGCAACGGGGGGACGUGCCGGCCGCUGUCAUUGCCCAGCGGGGCUGCAGCUUUCCUCUGCGACUGCCCUCUCCACUUCACAGGGCGCCUGUGUGAGAAAGAUAUCUCGAUAUUCUUCCCUUUAUUCGGCGGCUCUUCUUUCUUGGAGCUCCAGCCUCUCACAUCUCUGGAUUCCAGCUCUGAGGCGUCGUCUUCCGGAGACACGGUGAGCAUCUUCCUAACCGUGAAAACGAGGGCUGCCCACGGAACCUUACUUUACAGCCGGGAGCAGAAUUCCGGUGAUCGUUUCCUCCACGUGUUCCUCCAAGACAGACGUCCGGUUGCCAGAUUGGGCUGCAGUGGCAUCCACGUUUUGAAUGCUCUCGCCACACAGAACAUCGAUGAGAACACGGUGGUGCCAGUAACACUGAGAUACCGCCUGCCUGUCAGUGAAGAUGGAGGGUUAUGUAUGAUUGAAAUAGCCGUGGCUAAUGGAACUGCUAAUCGACGGCAGAAAUAUGUGGCCGAGCGUGUGUCAGAGGUCACAUUCGGGCCCACUUUCCUGGGUGGUGUUCCAUCUCUCUCCGAGCUCCACGACAACACAGGUGACGUGUCCGGGUUUGAAGGAUGUAUUCGUGAGCUGCAGGUCAACUCCAGAGAGGUCUACAUCGCUGGGGAGGCGGUCAGAGGCAGAAACAUCCAGAACUGUGAUACACCAGUGUGCCAGCACCAGCCAUGCCAGAACGGUGGGACCUGCGUCAGCGAGGCAGAGAACUGGUUCUGCGUGUGUCCCCCGCUCUACUCGGGCAAGCUGUGCCAGUUCACCGCCUGCGAGCGCAACCCGUGUGCUCACGGCGCCACCUGCAUUCCCAAGUCCCAGCUGGAGGCAGUGUGUCUGUGCCCACAUGGAAGGCAGGGCCUCCUGUGUAACGAGGCCAUCAACAUCACCCGGCCCAGGUUUAGCGGGCUGGACGAGUUUGGCUACACGUCCUACAUGGCGUAUCCGCCCAUCCCCAGCAUGAGCUCCUUCUACGAGUUCAAGCUGAAGCUGACGUUUGCCAGUAACGUCUCUGCCCUGAAGGACAACCUAAUUCUCUUUUCUGGACAGAAGGGACAAGGUGUCAAUGGAGAUGACUUCUUUGCCCUGGGAGUGAGGAAUGGACGAAUCCUCCAUAAGUACAACCUCGGCUCUGGGGUGGCCACCAUCUUCAGUGACCGGCUGAACUGGAGGAUGAAAAUACACACGGUGCGCUUCGGACGAUACCUCAGGAACGGGUGGCUGAAGGUGGACGGGCAAAGGAACAAGACUGGCUCGACCCCAGGCCAUCUGGCAGGCUUGAACACCUUCAGUCAACUGUAUGUGGGUGGCUACAGCGAAUUCACCCCUGAGAUGCUGCCUGUGGGCUCCAGAUUCAAAAGCAGCUUUCAAGGCUGCAUUUUUGAUGUACUGUUCCGGACGAGAGCAGACGGGAAGUUUCGUGCUCCAGGAGAGCCAGAAGGUCAGCCUGUGUCGGGCCGCAGCGUGGGUCAGUGUGGGGUCACUCCCUGCAGCCUUGUCCACUGCCAGAAUGGAGGCACCUGCGUGGAUUCUGGAUCCUCUGUGUACUGUCAGUGUGUGUUGGGGUGGAAAGGUGCUCUCUGCUCUGAGAGAGUGUCGUUCUGUGAUGCCGAACACGCUCCGCCUCCCUCCUGCGCCCGUGGGUCCACUUGCGUCCCGCUUCCGAAUGGCUACACCUGUCAGUGUGCUCUGGGCACCGCUGGACAGUUCUGCCAGCAAGUUCUAUCCAUCACUGACCCGUUCUUCAGUGCUAACCAGUCCUCCUGGAUGGCAUUUCCUCCGGUCAGCAUGAGACACAAGACGAACCUUCAGCUGCAGUUCCAGACUCUGGCACCAGAGGGCAUCCUCUUCUACACAGCGCAGUAUCUGAGUGCUCGGGCUGGUGACUUCAUCAGCGUGUCUCUGUCUGCUGGAUUCGUGCAGCUCCGCUACAGUCUAGGGGACGGCACGAUCGUUCUGCAGUCGCAAAACAGAGUGGACUGGACCGGCAGGACCUGGCACAAGGUGAAGGCCGGGCGAGUGGGAAACCAAGGCUACCUGGUCCUUGAUGACCAAGAGUUGACGCGGAACUCCUCAGAGGGUAUGACCACUCUGGACGUCGCCACAGACGUUUUUGUCGGCGGCUUGUCCAGCCUGAACUUGGUCUCGUCCAAUGCGGUGGAGAGAGAGCCGGUGGGUUUCACUGGUGGAAUUCGCGAGGUCAUUGUUAAUGGUCGUGACCUGGAGCUCACAGAGGGAGGGGCGCUGAGGGGGGCAAAUGUGGGCGACUGGGACGGGACAGGAUGCGGGUACAAAGUGUGUCAGAAUGGCGGCUACUGCCGGCCCGUCGGUCUCGAUUCAUUUGUGUGCAUUUGCCCCCCAUCGUGGACGGGCACCCGUUGCGAUCAGUCCAUUCAUUGCGUUGGCAACCGGUGCCAACAUGGCUCUCUUUGUGUUCCCAAAGUUGCUACUGCCUCAUAUUCCUGCGUUUGCGCCCUUGGAUGGAAUGGGACGUAUUGCGAUCAGCAGGUGUCAAUGAAGACCGCGCGCUUUGUCGGAAAUUCAUAUCUUAAAUACCGAGAUCUGAAGUAUAAUUCGAGAAACCUGAUGUAUACGCAAGUAUCAUUUAACCUUUCCGCAAGCUCGGAAGACGGGCUGGUUCUGUGGAUGGGACGUGCGGAGAGCGAGGACGAUGACUAUCUUGCUGUGGGACUUCAGGAUGGUCAUUUAAAAGUUGCCAUGAAUCUCGGCGAGAACGUAGCUCUUCCUCUCGUCUCCCGGAAGGUGACGCUGUGCUGCGAACGGUGGAAUUACGUGUCUAUUACCCACAAUCGCACAGUCGUCCAGGCUUUUGUUGAUGGUGAGAGGGUCAUUUUUGAGGACAUUGACCCUUUUGAGCGCUAUGUUGCCAUUAAUUACGGAGGUGUCUAUUAUUUUGGAGGCUUUGAGUUGAACAGAGAUGUAACAUCAGUCUCAUCUGGUCUCUUCACCACAGGCUUUGUGGGAAGCAUCAAAGAUGUUGUUUUGUAUCAAGACACAAGAGCACUGCAGUUUCUUCAAACCUAUGAGGGUUUUAAUGUUUACCAAGGAGAAGAUUAGAUAUCCCGUACUGCACAGCAAAGUUUUAGAAAGUAAUUUUAGAUGUAUUUAUUGGUAAAAUUUUAGAAAUUAAUUCCUUCGAAAACUUUGUCAUUCAUAUGGAUUUGGUUAUGAGAAAUGGGGAAGAAAAGUCUGCAUGCUCAGAAACUCCACUGGACUCCUUUUACACAGUGGUCAUUUUAGUAAAUGUUCUGCAGGUGCUCUUGUGGCUGAUCAGUCUUUUUUCAGCAGAAACCAAAAAUAGAAUGUUUUCUGUUCUUUCUUUCAAGGUGCUAACCUCUUGUCAAAUGUAUACACUGUUUGCUGUUCUUUUUAUCUGCCCUCCAGGGGAUUCUGUGCACUCCGUACUCAUUCUGUACAUUGAAAAAUAAACAAAAAACCUCUUUAUUGAA